AUGCUUCACGGUAAUGGACUAGCUAUGCAUUUCUGGGGAGAAUCCAUCGACACUGCUUGUCACAUCGUUAACAUGGUUUAUCUUAGAUCUAAAACUGAUAUGACACCAUAUGAGACCUGGAAAGGUAAACGACCUACUUUAAAGUACUUUCGUGUGUUUGGCAGCAAGUGCUAUAUUUUGAGAGAUAGAGAAAAUUUAGGCAAGUUUCAUUCGAAAAAUGAUGUGAGAGUUUUCCUCGGAUACUCCAGAAAUAGUCGAUCAUAUAGUGUAUACAAUUCUCGUACACGAGUCGUAAUGGAGUCCAUCAAUAUAAUGGUGGAUGAUGCUUGUAGUGAGGGAGAGAUUGGAAAAGAUUGGGGAAAGCUGGAACCAUUGAGUAUUGAUCCCGUCAUGAUAAUUGAACCUAAAGAAACUUCAGUUCCUGAUCCGCGGCACACUUCUGAUGGUUUAGACACACCUAAUAAGGAUUCCUCACCUGAUGAUAGACCUACACUUCCUAAGGAACCUUCGUCCAGAGUUAAGACGAAUCAUCCUAAAGUGAAUAUUAUAGAGAAUUUGGAUGAAUGGAUGAGACUUCGUAAGAGGGUUUUAAACAAUCCGACACACGCUAGAUAUGUGUCUCAGAUUGAGCCCAAGAAAGUUGAAAAUGCCCUUCGAGAUGAAUGUUGGAUAAAUACGACGCAUGAAGAGCCCAACAUAUGGGAUUUAGUUCCUAGGCCUGAUGAUUGUAAUGUUAUAGGUACUAAGUGGAUAUUUAAGACUGAUGAUCAAGGUACCAUACUAGAAAUAAGGCUAGGAUUUAAAUUAUAUCAAAUUGAUGUUAAGAAUGCCUUCUUGAAUGAAAUACUUCAGGAAGAAGCCUAUGUUGAACAAUCUAAAGGCUUUGUUGAUUCUAAAUUUCCACAUUAUGUUUAUAAGUUGAAUAAAGCUUUAUAUGGUCUCAAACAAGCUCCUAGAGCUUGCAAGAAACACACUAGGACCCCUAUGAACAUAAGUGUCAAGUUAGGUCAUGAUUCUAUUGGUAAGAGUAUUGAUAAGACACUGUACAGAAGUAUGAUAGGUAGUUUAUUUUAUCUCACUGUUAGUAGACCUGACAUAGCCUUUAGUGUAGGGGUUUGUGCACAUUUUCAUGCUGAUACCAUGGAAUCUCACCUGAGCAUCGUACAGCGUAUCAUUAGAUACGUAAAUGGUACCGUUGAUUAUGGAAUCAUGUACUCUCGGGAUUCUACUCUUGAUCUUGCUAGCUAUUCCGAAGCUGAUUGGGCUAGAAAGACCGAUGACAGAAAACAUACUUCUGGAGGAUGCUUUUAUGUUGGUGCUAAUCUUGUCGCUUAG